AUGUCUCAAGAAAUCUAUUGUCCAGCUGGUCAUUCUUACAAUAAGAAUAAAUACAUUAAUACAUCUACUGGAAUUUGUGAUUCAUGUAUUAAAGAACAUUUUAUUCAAGAAGUUGCUUUAAAAGAAAUAAAUGACUCUAGGCAUGAUAUAUCUAAAUUUCUUAAAGAGUCCAAUGAUACUUAUGAUAUUGAUUCUAAAGAAUCACAAGAAUGCUUUGAUUGGGAAAAAGAAAUUCAAAAUAAGGUUGAAAAGACACCAUUCACUUUAGGUUGUAAUUCUCGAAAAUCUAAAGAAUGCAUUAAUUUGGAUAACGAAGAUAAUAUUACACCUAAAAAAAUUAAGAAAAUUAAAAAAGACUAG